AUGGCACUCCUAAUCAGGUAUUUAACAACAUUUGUUUUGUUAUUUAAAUGUGUGUAUGGUGUUCGCAAUGGUACUACUUGCCACAUCCCACACAACGUGGACAAAUGUGCCUAUGUUCAAUCUCAUUGUGACAACAGCAUCUUUGACAUCUCCAGAUUUUAUUUCUGUACCGUUGUAGAGCAACCACAUGCGACUGUGUUAUUCAACUUUGGAUUACUCUCCCUUUUGGGACUUCUGUUCCUUGGUUUAGGUGUCAUUACGUCCGAAUACUUGUCUCCAAAUUUACAAGAAAUUUCGGCUAUGCUGAAGUUGGAUCAACGAAUAGCAGGCUUGACCCUUUUAUCCGUGGGUAACGGAACUCCAGAUCUUUUCUCUACGUACACUGCUAUGAACACAGGAUCUAUCACAUUAGCAAUUGGCGAUCUAUUGGGUUCUGCGACCCUGGUUUGCACGGUUGUUAUAGGACUUAUGGGAAUAUUUUCAUCCUUUUCGGUUCAUCGAUCCGCUUUCCUGAUGGAUUUUGUCCUCUUUUUCGUGUUGUUAACGCUCUCAAUAUGGUUCAUUCAUGAUGGAAAGUUGACUGCUGGAGAAUGCAUUCUUAUGAUUGGUCUUUAUGUGUCUUAUAUCAUAUACGUGCUUUUGCAAAGACCUGAGUCGGAAUAUCUUCAAGUCCUAGAUGCCGAAUCACAGCGAGCGUUGACCCCAAUUUGCUCAAGCACAGAUCCUUCUACAAGAAAACUUUGGGAUCAUUUGAAUAAGCUUAUAACUCAAGGUCAACAGAUGAGACUGUCAGUUUAUGAUGCUCUGCGCUUCUUGUCUAUUGAAGUUGAUACCAAUUAUGGAAGUAAUGUUCCAAGACCCGCCUCAGGUUCGUUACCAAUAUCCGCUCCUGAGACACCUCAGUUUCAGCGCUCAUAUUCUUCGACCUCACAUUUCAAAGCACCUGCAGUUGAAUCUGAUGAAGAGCUAGCAGAUGACGAGGUUCCCAGCGUUGAUAUAGUAGCUCCUCAACCAGUUUGCCAAGUUCCCCAGAUUCAUCUGGAGUCGAUAGAAUCUGAUGUUUCCCAUCUUGAAGAUCAAAACGAAAAAAUGAAUGCUUUUAUUGCCAUAUGUACUCAUAUCAUCAAAAAGAAUGGAGAGUUUGACUUUAAAAAAAGAAAAUGGACUUCUUUACUACGGCUAUUCAGUUUCCCAAUCAUUCUAAUAUUCUCACUUACCAUUCCUAUACCAGAUGCAGACAAUAACCUUUUCAUCAUCAAUUUGGCGUUGACCCCACUACUAUUGCUGAGAAGACUAACUUAUGAUGUGAUGAUCCUAGCAUUAUUUUUACCCGUUCUUUUUGUGACUGCUCAUGAGUUUCUUUCCAAAACUUCCAUAAAGAGAAUCAUCUCUAUCAUUGGAUUCAUCAAUUCCCUGGUGUUUAUAACGAUACUGACCUCAUCUGUAGUCACGAUCCUAAAGAAUUUUGGCAUUAUUCAUCAUAUCAAUGAAACUGUUCUAGGUCUGACAUUGAUGGCAUUAGGGAAUUCAAUUGGCGAUAUCAUCAGCAAUGUCACACUAGCCAAAAUAGGCCUUCCUCAUACAGGUUUGAGCGCAUGUUUUGGCUCGCCCCUACUGUACAUCCUGUUAGGAAUAGGAAGUAAUGGCUUGUUUCUCAUGGCCAAAAAUGGGAAAAGCAGCAUUGAGUUCGAAGUGGAUAAGAGUUUGGAUUUUAGCACAAUAGGACUAAUGGCUGUGCUCUUGCUCUACAUCAUCAUUAUGAUCACACAUGAUGAGCUACGUAUUAAUAAAAGUCUUGGGGUAGUUUGUGUGUUAUGGUGGGUAUUUAUAACAGGUGUAAAUGUAUUAUAUAAGUAA